AUGGUUUUAAAUGCAAACCGGGCAUUUAUACGUUAUUGCGUUAUUUUGUUAAAUGUUUUUAACUUUUUCGUUUUUAUUUUUAAAUGCGCCUUUAAAACGCUUUGCUUAAAAAAGGUUAAAGCGUUUUAUAUACUUAAAAAAAUUAAGCAUAAGCGUAAAGCUUUGUGCUUUAAAAACAUUUUUAAUUUUGGCUUAAAUAAAAAUCGUUUAAAAUUUCGAAAAUUAUUAAUUAACGUUUGUAAUGCUAGCGGCUUUUUUAAGCGUAUUGCGGUAUUUUUAAAAAAUUAUUUAAAUUUUUAUUAU